ACUCGAGUAGCAUGAAAAGUGGGUGUCUCUCCGUCACUGGGACAAUCCUCGUAUUCUCUUCGAGCUCUCGAACAUUUUAUCACCGGUGGGCAUUUUUUAGCCACCGAUUAAUCUCCCGAUAGCAUUUCGGAGUACAGAGAUGCUUUUAGAGUAGUGAAAAAAUCAAUUGUCCUCGAUAAAGAUGAUCGGAGGCCUCUUCGUGUAUAACCACAAGGGCGAGGUCCUGAUAUCCCGGGUGUACCGGGAUGAUAUCGGGAGAAAUGCUGUGGAUGCAUUUCGAGUGAAUGUUAUUCACGCGCGACAGCAGGUCAGAUCCCCAGUGACGAAUAUCGCGAGAACAUCAUUUUUUCAUAUUAAACGGGCCAAUAUCUGGCUGGCAGCUGUCACCAAGCAGAAUGUCAAUGCUGCCAUGGUCUUCGAGUUUCUACUGAAGAUCAAUGAUGUUAUGCAGUCCUACUUUGGAAAGAUUUCCGAAGAGAAUAUCAAGAACAAUUUUGUCCUCAUCUAUGAAUUGCUCGAUGAGAUCCUGGACUUCGGAUACCCCCAGAAUUGUGACACUGGAGUCCUGAAAACAUUUAUCACCCAGCAGGGAGUUAAAUCCGCAACGAAAGAGGAACAAGCCCAAAUAACAUCUCAAGUGACUGGGCAAAUUGGGUGGCGUCGAGAGGGAAUUAAAUAUCGACGUAACGAGCUUUUCCUAGACGUUCUGGAGUACGUAAACCUGUUGAUGAGUCCUCAGGGUCAGGUCCUGAGCGCGCACGUUGCUGGAAAGGUCGUUAUGAAAUCAUAUCUGUCAGGAAUGCCCGAAUGCAAAUUCGGCAUCAACGACAAGAUCGUAAUGGAAGCCCGGGGAAUGAAGGGGGGAGGAAGUCUAGGCGGCGGUGACGAUCCCACUGGUGCCAGAUCUGGAAAACCAGUCGUCGUUAUUGACGACUGUCAAUUUCAUCAAUGUGUCAAGUUAUCAAAAUUCGAAACUGAACAUUCCAUUAGUUUCAUACCACCUGACGGUGAAUUUGAGUUGAUGAGAUACCGCACAACGAAGGAUAUAUCACUGCCAUUUCGAUUGAUUCCUCUGGUGCGCGAGGUCGGCCGUACAAAAAUGGAGGUGAAGGCAGUUCUAAAAUCCAACUUCAAGCCCUCCCUACUGGGCCAGAAGAUCGAGGUGCGGGUUCCCACUCCCCUCAACACAGCUGGUGUCCAAUUGAUCUGUCUGAAAGGUAAAGCGAAAUACAAAGCAUCUGAGAACGCCAUCGUCUGGAAGAUAAAGCGAAUGGCUGGCAUGAAGGAGACUCAAUUGUCAGCUGAAAUCGAUCUCCUUGAAACUGAUACCAAGAAAAAAUGGACGAGACCACCCAUCUCUAUGAACUUUGAGGUACCAUUUGCCCCGUCAGGCUUUAAAGUCCGGUAUUUGAAGGUCUUUGAGUCGAAACUCAAUUACUCCGAUCACGAUGUCAUCAAAUGGGUCAGGUACAUUGGACGAAGUGGUCUUUACGAGACGAGAUGCUAAUGAUCGAAUCAAUUCUCAGAGUAUUCAGCUCAAUGGGAGUAAUUCAUUUCCUAAAUCAAAUCAAUUAAUUAAUCACACUUACGAAAAAUUCUCUGUGGAGUAAAUUAUUUAAGUGAGUGAUUAAUUUGUUGAAUUGACCGAUUAAUGGGAAUUCAUUAAAGAAAAAUAGAUUCUUAACAACUCGAUGCCAAAGAGUUGUUCGUUUUCACAAAUUUACUGAUUUCAUGCGACAGUAUCAAUCCAGAUUAUAAUGAAUUUACGGGAGAUUAUGUGAUGUGCAAAGGGGUUACCAUGACAAGUCUGCACGAAAAUCAUCGAGUGAUGGAGAGUGUUUUAUUUAAUUUGAAGUAGUUACAACUCUUUGGUAUGGGUAUUACUCGAUUGCUGAUAAAUUACUAAUUGAGGAGAAUAAUUGUUGAGAUUUACUUGAAGAUGAGAGUAAUUGUGGAUAAAGUAAUGAUGAAAAUUGUAGGUAAUAUGAUUGAUGUUGAUAUUCAUUGCAUUGAAAGCGGAUGAAAUAAUUAAUGAAGUAUUGAUUUUGUCUGUACGCUUCGAAUCACAUAUUGAAUCUCGAAAUAUAUGUAUAAAUGAA